AUGCCUCCAAAGAAGAGAAAGAUCGAAGAAGAUUCAAACAACGAAUCACCAAAAUAUGUCGCUGGUAAAGUGGCUAGACAUGGAGCUAAUCCUCCUAUUGAUUAUUCCGAUCCUCUGAACCCUGAUUCUGAGUUAUAUAGAGACGAUUGGUCCAUCCCUAGGUUUAAUCUAUUCGUUACAUACACUCUAGAUCAUUUGAGAGAAACAUAUUCAACGAUUUUUAAAGAUUUUAUCAAAUUACCAAGUAGGAAAUUUCAUCCUCAAUAUUAUUAUAAGAUUGAUCAACCUAUCUCCAUUAAUGAAAUAAAGAAUAGGGACUAUGAAUAUGCAGAUGGUACUAGGAAUUUUCUAUUAGAUGUUGAAUUAUUAGCUAAGAAUUGUGCCUCUUAUAAUGAAGAAGAUAGUUUAAUCGUGAAGAAUUCUUACCAAAUGGUUAAUUAUAUUCAGUUUGAAGCAUUGAAGGCUAAGAAUGUUGAGAGAAAUUACAUUAUUAAUGAUACUAUUAAGACCAGACUCAUUUCCCUUUUAGAGACCCUAAUUGAGGCGACAGCUAAAAAAAUAUAUGAUACAAUUCCUGAUUUAAAGGCAAAUUUACAAGAUUCUGAAAAUGAUGAAUUUCAAUUAAGUGAACCCUUCAUGGAGCUUGUUGAUAAAGAAGAACUUCCCGAAUAUUAUGAAGUCAUUCAUAGACCAAAUGCACUAAAUAUAAUAAAAACCAAUUUAGAAAAUGAUCAAUAUUUGAAAAUUUAUGAUUUUAUUACUGAUGUAAAUCUAGUAUUUGAUAAUGCAUUUGUGUUCAAUAGUUCAACUGCUUUAAUUUAUCAAUCAGCAAAGGCUCUUCUGGAAUAUUUUACUUUCAUUUCUUCAAAUAUGUUUAAUGAAUUAAAAGAUUUAAAAGAUCGUGGAGAAUUGACAUUAGAUAUUGAAAAAAAUGAAUACGAAAAAUUUUUAGGUGAUCGUAAAGUUGAUGAGAGACAUGUAAUUCAUGAGGAAUCUGAAGAUGAUUUUGAUGAUUUCAAUCAUGUGGAAGGUUUAGGAAAUGGCUAUACACGUAAUAUAUUAACUGAGGAUUAUUUGCUUGGUCCAGAUCAUGUUGAAUCAAUGAGAUCGAAAUUUUCUGUUUCAAAUCAAACUCCAAUUUUAAAUGAAAAGAUUAAUAAACAUGUAGAGACACCAAAAUUCAAUAUUUUAAAAUCAUUAAAGAAUGAAUCUGUUUCUGAACAAUUUAAAAAGGAUAAGAAAACAUAUGAAUUAGUGAGAGAAGUGUCGAUUUUUUCGUCAAAAGGUUUAUAUACUCAAGGAAUAAACCCAAUGCAAGGAUCUAAACCUUCAUGUUCACAGAAUUGGUUAGAAUUCAAUUUUAUUGGUAAAAAUUUAAAUCAAAAUGAAAACAUAUUCACUAUUUCAGUUGAUCCAAUUCAAACUUUCUUAACAGUGGUGGCUAAAGUAAAUAAUUCAAAUUUAAAAUCAGCAUUACAAUUAAACAAUGAUACUAUAAAACCUAGAGUGGAGAAUAAGAAACAUCAACCUACGAUACAACAAAAUUUUAAUUCUGGUAGUCUCUCAACGCAAGACGAAAAAAACGAAAAUUUUACAGAUUCAGAAACACACACUGAAAACUUUGAUAUUCGUUUAAAUGAAGGACUAAAUCUUUUGGAGUUCAGUUGUGAAACUACUAAUAUUGAGAAUGGUGAAGUUGAAAAUAAUAAUGUUAUGUCAAAAGAAACUAUGAAAUUCUGGAUUAAUGUAUUUCCAUAA